AUGAAAUCACUAAUAGGAAAACAGGUGGUGGUUAGACUAAAAUGGAACAAGACAGAAUACCGAGGCCAAUUGAUGUCAACAGACAAUUAUCUCAACUUGCAACUAGAUAACACGUUUGAAAUUAUAUAUGAUACUGAAGACAAGGCUCGCGAAGAGUCCAUAGGGAGUAUAUUUAUAAGAUGCAAUAAUGUUUUGUUUAUAAGAGAAUACCGCGAUGAGAGCAAAGACGGCGAGGUACCCGAAAAGGAGGUGUCUGAUAGUACUAAGGAAGCAGGUACUACUGCUAAAGAUGAUGCAAUAAGUGCAGAUGUCGAAGUAACAAAAGUAGAGUUAAAGGAGGCUGUAAUGGAGGAAUAA